CGCCUGUCCCACUCCCUCCCUCCCGGGGACCCGGAGGAGAGGGGACCAUGCCGGAACCCGGACCGGACGCUCCAGGCACCGCCAGCGCACAGCCCCCUCCGCCGCCGCCCCCACCACCCGCUCCCAAGGAGUCCCCGUUCUCCAUCAAGAACCUGCUCAACGGAGACCACCACCGGCCUCCCCCUAAGCCGCAGCCGCCCCCACGGACGCUCUUUGCACCGGCCUCGGCUGCCGCUGCCGCUGCUGCUGCAGCCGCCGCAGCGGCCAAGGGGGCCCUGGAGGGAGCCGCGGGCUUCGCGCUCUCGCAGGUGGGCGACCUGGCUUUCCCCCGCUUUGAGAUCCCGGCGCAGAGGUUUGCCCUGCCCGCGCACUACCUGGAGCGCUCCCCAGCCUGGUGGUACCCCUACACCCUGACCCCCGCCGGCGGUCACCUCCCGCGACCUGAAGCCUCGGAGAAGGCCCUCCUGCGAGACUCCUCCCCUGCCUCGGGCACAGACCGCGACUCUCCGGAGCCACUGCUCAAGGCCGACCCCGACCCCAAGGAGCUGGACUCCAAGAGCCCGGACGAGAUCAUUCUGGAGGAGAGCGACUCCGAGGAAAGCAAGAAGGAAGGCGAAGCGGCGCCAGGCGCGGCCGGGGCGGGCGCAGGGGCGGCGGCGGCGGUGGCGACUCCGGGCGCAGAGGACUGGAAGAAGGGCACCGAGAGUCCGGAGAAGAAGCCGGCGUGCCGCAAGAAGAAGACGCGCACCGUCUUCUCCCGCAGUCAGGUCUUCCAGCUGGAGUCCACCUUCGACAUGAAGCGCUACCUGAGCAGCUCGGAGCGCGCCGGCCUGGCCGCGUCGCUGCACCUCACUGAGACGCAGGUCAAGAUCUGGUUCCAGAACCGCCGCAACAAGUGGAAGCGGCAGCUGGCGGCGGAGCUGGAGGCAGCAAACCUGAGCCACGCCGCGGCGCAGCGCAUCGUGCGGGUGCCCAUCCUCUACCACGAGAACUCGGCGGCCGAGGGAGCUGCGGCUGCAGCCGCUGGGGCCCCGGUGCCUGUCAGCCAGCCGCUGCUCACCUUCCCGCACCCCGUCUACUACUCGCACCCGGUGGUCUCUUCCGUGCCGCUGCUACGGCCGGUCUGAAGCCCCAGAGGGGUGGGGGAGGGAGCGCCCGGCCUCCUCUUCCGGACCCCGGAGGAGAAUGGGCCGGGCCGAGGGCGCCUAGAUGUCCAGCGGUCUUCAGGAGCCCAGGCUUCGGCGCGCAGCCUCGGCCUCCCCUCCCCCAGUCGGUAGCGUUUUGUAAGUAUUUGCAAUGCAUUUUCGUGCAAUUCAUCCCUAAUGGAUUGGAGGCGCUUCCCCUCUUACUUUUGGUUUUGGCUUAUGGUAAGAGAAAGCAGGAGCGAGACAAAAUUUCUGGGGCAAAUAUUUAGACCGAAACUUUUUGUAAAAUGUGCAGCCCUCCCCUUCAAAUUUCCAUUGCGCUGUGGCUUUUUGUUUUUAUUUUUAUAGAAGGUAAAUAAGUGCAAAACCGG